AAGGCGGUGGAAUGACGCAAUGUGGGAGUGCAAAUGGCGCCCAACGGGUACACGUGAUCGUGGAGGAUGAGCGAGAAAAUCGUAUCGAAGUCGAGCGAGAAGACGAAUUCUAUAACUCCCUCUCAACAGAUGAUAUCUUCUUGUGCGGGAGCUUUUAUCACUUCUGUUUUCGUGACGCCACUUGAUGUAGUGAAAAUUCGUCUUCAAGCUCAGCAAAAGGAAUUUCUGAAGCGAAAGUGCUUUCUGUACUGUAAUGGUUUAAUGGAACACACCUGCUUUUGCCCUAACAAUGGCACGCAGAUGCAGUGGUAUCAGAGGCCGGGCCAUUUUACGGGAACGGUCGAUGCUUUAAUUAAAAUUUCUAGAAACGAAGGAAUGUUUUCUCUGUGGAGUGGACUUCCGCCUACACUCGUUAUGGCAAUUCCGGCCACCGUCGUCUAUUUUACCAUGUACGAUCAGAUUCGCGAGAGACUGACCAACUACUUUAACAGAUCGUCUCCGCCGCUCUGGAUACCUGCGGUUGCGGGCAGUUUGGCCAGAGUUGUUUCUGUCUCUGUGAUCAGCCCUUUAGAAUUAAUCAGAACAAAAAUGCAGUCUAAAAAGUACAGUUAUGUUGAACUAACUACAGCAGUUAAAAUGCAGGUUCAGGCCGAAGGAAUUGGAUCUCUGUACAGAGGAUGGGUGCCUACAAUUUUAAGAGACGUUCCAUUUUCGGCGAUAUAUUGGGGUGUUUAUGAAUCUUUCAAGCACACUUACAAUCAACAGAAACCUGCCACUUGGUUUUCUUUUAUGGCAGGAGCCAUUUCUGGAACAAUAGCAGCCGUUUUGACUUUACCUUUUGAUGUUAUCAAGACGCAUCGUCAGAUAGAGUUGGGAGAAAUAGAAGCAUUAAAAACCAGUUCAAAACAAGCAAAUGCUUCAACAUAUGAAUUAAUGAAAAAUCUAUACCGGAAAAGAGGACCUACUGCUCUGUUUGCAGGUCUGGUUCCUCGAGUGGUGAAAGUCGCGCCGGCCUGUGCCAUCAUGAUCACGACCUACGAGAGCGGAAAGAAGUUUUUUUAUAAAUAUAACAAAAAACAUAAAAGAUAGCUCUACGUCACAUCAAGUAAACUUUAAUUUUAAUAAUUUUUAACCAUUUUCUAAUCACUAAUCUAAGAAAAAGAAAAGCAUUUUAGAAUUUGCAUUAAAGUUUUCCAAUCAUGAAAUGAUUUUAGCAUAAUUAAAAUUCCAAAUUGUUUGCCAGAACCAAUGUUACCCUGACUGAAAACAUGUUUGAAUAUUAAUUGUCAAUGCUUUACUCAUAAUGGGUAGUAAUUACCUCCUAUGGUUGGUAGGAAAUAAAAGUUUCAAUAAAAUAACAGAUUCCU